AAAUUCCAAAAAGCAGUCUUACUAGCACACGUUUUUAACUCAACACGACAAGUGGAUUCGCUGAUUCUCCUUCACAAUUUUACAAUACCAUAUAAAUUCAAUUUCAAUUUUCAGGGACUCCACUCCUCCAUUAUCUAUCAACAACAAUUCGUAUUCGUAUUCUCAUUCCUUGCACGCACGCACGAUAAACAGAACAAGAACCAUUCCUAUAUUUCCGACGAAAAUUCCGAACGCAAAAAAAAUGGCGAAUGCAGUAUCAGGUAUGGCUGUGGAUGACGACUGCAAGUUGAAGUUUUUGGAGCUCAAAGCGAAAAGGACAUAUCGGUUCAUCGUUUUUAAGAUUGAGGAGAAGCAGAAGCAAGUUGUUGUGGAGAAGCUUGGUGAGCCAGCAAAUGGUUAUGAUGAUUUCACUGCGAGUCUUCCUGCUGAUGAGUGUCGAUAUGCUGUUUAUGAUUUUGAUUUUGUCACUGAAGAGAAUUGCCAGAAAAGCAGGAUUUUCUUCAUUGCAUGGUCCCCUGAUACUUCUAGGGUUAGGAGCAAGAUGAUUUAUGCCAGCUCCAAAGACAGAUUCAAGAGGGAGCUUGAUGGAAUUCAAGUUGAGUUGCAAGCAACUGAUCCUACUGAGAUGGGUCUUGAUGUGUUCAACAGCCGAGUCAAUUAAACGAUUGUGAUUAUGAAUAGUAGGUAUUGUGAUGGGGAGUUCCCUCCAGCCUUACUUACUCCUAUGGAGGUGUCUAUAGUUCGUGGGAUUGUCAAUUUGGCUAAUUGCAGACUCGAUUGUCCAAGUGUUGACAUGAAAUAUAUUGUAGUACCUAAAACAAGCAACUCUUAUUGGAGUUGAUAUUGUGGUUUGUGACUUGUGCAAUCUGUGUUUGGGUGUCUAUGCUAACUAAUUAAUUUUGUAACUGGUUCUUCUGUGGCCGGAUAAAAAUUUGGGGUCAGCUAUUCAUGUGAUAUUGACACUUGCUAUUUUACUGAUA